AGUCGCCACAGCUGAUCGAGUCCGCGAUAGUUGUGCGGUUUUUAUCACAAUACAGCCGACAUUUCUAGGACAUAUUUGGGUUCGGUAGCAGUUUUUUUUUUUCUUUUUUGAGUUAUGCGAAACAUUCGUAACAAUAGGCUAGUUUGAAUGGGUUCGAACCGUUGGUUCGAACUUUGAAAAAUGUGAACCAUAGAAAUGUUCUGAAUGAUUACAAAACAUAGCCUAUGCCGUAAGCAAAUUGUACUGUUUGAAAUUUUACGUCGGCGAUAACUGCGAUUUUACCUGGAUAUCUGGUCCAGUUAAACUGGAGUUUUGCCGGACUGAAAGGAAGAGGGGUGUGGUGUAUGCUGUACGCCGCAAUGCUGCUGUUCCACGUUCGCAGGAUCAUGUACACGUCGGCGCUGCUGUCCGCUGUGUACGUGGUCAUCCACCUCAUCAACGUCCUCCGCUGGGGCAGCUACGAGAGCUUCGACAGAGAGCAGAUACUGAGAGAUAUCGCGAAAAGCAUGCAUCCAUCGUCUUUUGAGGCGUGGAAGAAUUUGGCAGCCGGGGGCCAGGCGUGCCGGCACCCGCCCCUGGAGGUCCACAACCGAGACAUCAUGAAGUUCAUGAAGCCAGUGCCGCCCAUCGACUGUGGGGAGCGGCCGGACUGGGUGCGCGUCAACGGCAGCACCGCGUACAUCACAGAUGAGGCCCGCGCCCGCCAGGGGAUCAUCGAGUGUGCCUUCACAGAUAUAAUACGGGGCAGUGACCACGUCACUCAUGAUGGAGUCACUACGCAGACUCACACGGAGUACCACCUUGAGGAGAGUGAUUUUGUGAAGGUGCACUGCAAGAGUUCGAAAGGAGAAGAGUGGCACAACGUGAUGGCCGGGGUGAGGCACGACCAGGAGGUGAAGGACCGCAGCGGCUGGGACAAGGUCCCGCGCGACGCCCUCCGCCUCAACGUGCUCAUGUGGGGGUUCGACUCGCUCUCCCACAACAUGUUCAUCCGCAAGCUGCCGCGAUCCUACCACUUCCUGCGCGAGACGCUCGGCCUCGUCGAGUUGCACGGCUACAACAUCGUGGGCGACGGCACGCCACAGGCACUCAUACCCAUUCUUACCGGAAAGACAGAACUUGAGCUGCCAGAGACAAGGAAAAGAAUGGGGGACAAGGCGAGUUACGUGAAUAUCUACCCUUUCGUGUGGAAGGAUUACCAGGACAACGGUUACGUAACUGCUUUCAUGGAGGACUGCCCCAACAUCGGUACCUUCACGUAUCGCCUGCGAGGGUUUGACGCGCCGCCCACAGACCACUACAUGAGGCCGUUCUACGUUGCUGCCAGUUCUGAGUUCAGGAGCCACAAGAAGUUCUGCUUGGGGUCUGUUCCCAGACAUAAGGUGAUGAUGGACUACGUCCUGAAUCUGUUCCGGGUGUACCGCGACAAGCCCAAGUUCGCGUUCGCCUUCCACGGGGAGCUGUCUCACGACUCGCACAACCAGGUGGGCGCGGCCGACCAGGACAUGCUCUCCUGGCUGACGGCGCUGCGGAGCGAAGGCCACCUCAACAACACCCUGCUCGUCGUCAUGAGCGACCACGGAUCGCGGUUCGAGGACGUCCGCAACACACAGCAGGGCAAGCAGGAGGAGCGAAUGCCCAUGUUCGGCUUCGUGCUCCCGCGGUGGGUGCAGCGCGCACACCCGGAGCUCGUCGCCGCGCUCAGGCUGAACGCCCGCCGCCUCACCAGCCCGUUCGACAUCCACCCCACGCUGCUCGACGUGCUGCACUACUCGGGCGGGGUCAAGGGGGACAUCCGCAACCGUUCCAUCAGCCUCUUCAAGGAGGUCCCGCUGGAGCGCACGUGCGCCAACGCGUUCAUCGAGCCCCACUGGUGCGCGUGUCUCGAGUGGCAGGAGGUCAGCCUUCAUGACGACAUGGUGAAGAAGGCGGCGAAAGCCGUCGUAAAGUUCAUCAAUGAAUACACCAGCGAGCAGGAGGACCUAUGCGCGCCGCUCUACCUCGACAAGGUGACGUGGGCGGCCAGGCUCGUGCCCAACCACCAGCUCCUCAACUUCCGCCGCAACGCGGACAUGGACGGCUUCGUGGCGGACCUGAGCGCCCACACCCCGGUCGCCCAGGAGGUGUACCAGCUGAAGCUGGCCACCAGCCCCGGAGGGGGCCUCUUCGAGGUCUCCGUCCGGUACGACAUUGCCGACGACACCUUCGCCACCCGGGUGUCGGACAUCAGCCGGAUCAACAGGUACGGGUCGGCAGCGCACUGCGUGGAGGCCUCGGCGGAACAUCUCCGCAAGUACUGCUACUGCAAGACCCCGGCCCCUGCCGACUCAAACUGAGGCCCAGCGAUGUGUGCCUCCUCUCCCGUCACGGCUCCGCAGUGGGGCGUUGCCUUGCGGAGCCCUCGACCAACUUAAUCUCAUUCUGAAUCGUCGUGAACCGACAACUCAUUACUGAAUUUCCUUGGCAGAUGAAGGAAAUCAAUUGAUUCUCGCAUGUACUGAUAUUUUUACAGUUUGGUUCACGACCAUGACAUCACGUACUGUCACAGAUGUGCACCACGUUUUCUUGCCUUCGUCAACUACAAAAAAACACUAAUGCCAAUCUUACCAAAAAAUUGAAAAAAUGUUAGUAAAAACUAGUAACGGACAGUUCCACAAUUUAAAACCAAAGAUUUUCAAUUCUUAAAACAUGCUUUAAUGCUUUUGAUACUCAAUGCCUCAAGUGGGAAAUUUUGAACUGUGGAUGUAAAAUUGUAACAAGAACUAGUAGGCUUGCUUUCAAAAUGAUAGAGAAGCAUAAAUCAGUUCCACAUUGUACCUCAUAGUUUCAGAGUGUAUAUUUCAAAAUUUGCACAAUAUAACAUACAUAUAUCAGUAGUACAGUUAGUUCAGUAACACACAGAAUGACAACUGUAGUAAAUUUAAGUAAAAUAUCUGUGUCAAAAUUCUAUUUAAAUACUGUACAUUAGUGUACUCAAAUCUGUGGCCUGCCAGAUGAUUUUCUUUUUGUAACCUGCUGAAAAUGUUCCACCGAGCCUUAUUUUUUUUUACAACUUCCACAAGUACGUCCAAAAAAAGAUUUCUGGUGGCACUUUUUGUAACUUUCCUGCUUUCAUCACUACACAGAUCUGUUUCCAGUUAUCACAUUGUCGAAAUGAGACAUCACAGAAAUAGAAGUAAGCAAGUAUAUAUAAGAAUGCAAUCAAUGCAGCUAAAUCUGUGCUAAAAGAUACAAUAAAACUGAUACUCUUUGAAGUUCAGCAAGGAAGUUGCUACAUGAUAGAUUAGGAAUGUUGAAAGUAUAUAAUUUAAUUGACACAAAUUGUAAUUGAUCCACCUGUGCUGAGAGUAUUUUGUUAAAUUUUAUGAGAACUAAAUACACUCCCUCAGUCAUGCAUCCCACUUCGGUAUGCAUAGCAUUGCUGUCGCAGUUUGCAAUGGAGGGCUAACUUUGUAUACCAUACUGAUAUUAAUGUGUAUCUGAACUACUUGUACUUACGGCAGCAAGGUAAGAACAGUUUUGUUCAUGACCUUGUUUACCAAGUAAAGAUAUUUGAAAUCAAACUUAGUUUGUGGGAUGAUUAGAGAGAAAAAAAGAGACUUUAUUCACUUCACAAUUCUAUCCCAGUGUGAAUGUAGGCACAUACUAACUGAUCUAAGGUCCAACUUUACUGUGAAUUUUGAAUAUUUCAGAUCCAAUGGAAAUGUGUACAGCAUAUUUUCAUUAGAUGGUAAAGGAUGCAAGCAAUAAAAUAUGAAUGGAGCUUAUUCAACAACUGUGUAAUAUGACUUAAAGACAGAUUUAUGAGUAUAGAAAUUUUUAUAUUUUACUCAAAAUAUGUUGAAAAAGAACAAUUUUCAAAUCUUAAAAAACAUGCUCGUUUCAUAGUAUCACUCUUUGGCAGUGCCUAUAUAUGUGAACAUCUUUCUCAAAAAAAAAAUAUGUUGAAGACCACUCUUGUACAUUCUCAUUUGUAAAAAAAAUUUACAUUCUAACUCUUUCGGUUAGCUAUCUGUAUUUCUGGUCAGCUAUCUGUUAAAAGGAGUAAGCAAUUGGCCGCAAUUAAUUUCCAUCUGGUUGUCGGGAACUAUAACUUAUUCUGUUGGUGGAAAGAAAAGAAAGUGUAACAUUCAAGUACAAUAUAAAAUAUGAGUUUAAUAAGCAUGUGCAAUGAGCAGUAUUUUUAGUUGUAAUUUAAAAUGAUAGACAUGUAGAACACUCAAGCAAAGGGGUACAAUGGACCUAAAUGUGAUGUAAGUGCUGUGCAAAAGUAUAACCCAGAACUCAUUUGUUCUAUAAAGUCUCAGACUUGUGUGUUUACUUGUUACAUUUGUUCUGCAAAAAAAUUGUCAAUUAUAUUUUGUUGCAUGUAA